UCAGCAGGAACACAGUGCCUAAGGGCCUGUUCCUGUGCUCUACUGUUCUGUGUUCAAUAUAUGUGUGAUGUAUGAGAUAGAAUUAACAUAUUUGAUGUUUUGCGCAAUGGUACGCAUGCGCUGGAGAGACUCAAGGUGGAGUUCAGAAUAAAGAAGCUUGUCAGUUAACUCCUGUGUCCGAGUAAUAUUUAAAGCUAGUUCCAAGCAACAGAUAUACGACAAUUGGCGACGAAGAUUAAAGAACAAAGAAGAGAAGAACGAGUACUGCCAAGAGAAAAGAAAAAGUUAAAAAAAGAAUAGUGUUUGGCACACAAAUUGGAAUGGCAUCAAGCAAAAAGAUUUGGCACCAAAUGCUAUGAAUUGGCGCCAAAGAAAAGAUAGGUCGGAAAGGGAAGCGAGAACGCAAGGAAAACAAGCGGGGCAGUAAGUGUCACGGAAGAGCGCAGUUGGAAGCUGGAAGCCUGACCAGCAGGACAGCGACGUUGUCAGCUUACCUGGAACGCAUUCCAGGGCCUUGCAGCCCACAGCCAGGCCCAGCACCCACCACUGAUGUCGGGUGAGGUCCAGUACCAUACAGCCCAUGGGCAGGCCCGGCAACCACCACCGACGUCGGGUGAGGAGGAUGAGUUCCUAAGCCACUUGUCCCAGGAAGAGAAAGAAUGCCUCGGGUUUUUGAUUGAAACGAUUGAUGCUUUAGAGGUGGAUCUGGAGGACGAUGACAAAGAGGGAGAUGGCAUCAUAGGUGAUGGGUUUUAUGAGUUUUUAGGAAUGGUGUGCAGCACUCGACCAACAAAAGAGAAAGCAAGACCCAAUGAAUCGAGACCCUGUGAUAUUGUUGGGGUGAUUGGAAAUGUAGAGCCAGUUGCCAGCAGUCCAGUUGCUGAAAUGGUCAACGUCAGAGGCCUGGCUUCCAUUCCUGGGCUUGGCCCAACUCCAAAACAAAAGGCGACAACCAAAGGAGACAAGAAGCAGGUGAAGAAACUGAAAUACCACGGAUCUGAAGAUGCAAUGGGGUUAGAGUCCGGUGCCCCAGGUCAAUCCUGGGUGUCUGAGCCUGAUGAACAAGGCUCACCCAGGUCCCUCACUUUGCUGCCGGCCCAUGCGAAAAAGUUUGACACCAUCUUGAGAUCGGGGGUGAGUGUGCAUGAGCUCCGUACUCAGGUUCUAGCUCGCCUGAGCGGGUCUGCCCAGAAGCAGCCGAGCAGUCAGCUGGAGGGUUUGGCAGCGCAUUCCGACUCCCUCCGGUUACUUGUAAGCCCUGAACAGAGGGCAGCAAGACAGGACGCCCUGCAGAGACUGGGACUGUGGAAGCUGACUGGAGACGCGUCCCGCGGCAACGAUGCCGUCUCCACCCAACCGCUUGCAACGGAAAAGGCUCAGAAGUCGACCUCUCCACCGUCAGCUGCAGAGAAGGAUCGUGAAGCAGCUUUGAAAAAGCUGGGCCUCUUAAACCUAUAAUGUUGAAUAAUCUCUUGUUGAAGACUGUAAGAUCGUUGGUUAGUCACUGUCAUUCAGAGUAAGUUUUCAAUCCAGUCCCCCUACCCUUAAUAAAGCCAAUAAAACGUGUCAAGUGUGCAGCCUCUGAGUGUGGUCACAGAGGCUUGUUAAUGAAGUAGCUCUCUAUAAAUCCACUUGUUUCCCUAGUUCUGCAAUUACACAUUAAUAAUUCACUGAGUUUUCCUAAAAUACCCCAUGACAAUUAACACGGAAAUAUGGUCAGCAAAGCACAGUUUAGCAAGGGCACGAGAUUGAACCGAAUGGAAAUAAGAAUUUGAACCCCAACUUUAAAAUAGAAAAGGGAAACUAAUCAUUCACACCGUGCAGGGAACACAUUACGUGCACUAUUAUGGGUGUGAGCCCACAUUCCAGCGUUGUAUUGUGUUGGUUGUAAAAGCUGUGACACAGGGCAGCAUUGUUUGCCUUCUCGCUGGCAAAUUGAAAUUACAUGGAGCUCAUAUGUCAAAUGAUCACAUAUUUGUUACAUUUUCAUUCAUCAUGGUGUCUUUAAAAUCUUGCAUCUAUUACUAUUUUACACGUCAUUCUGUUUUUUUUAAAUGUCAUUCAUUCCCUCAUUUCAUGCAUUUUAUGCACACCACCUGUAUUAUUUGGAGCAUAUACAGUAGAUGCAUAGAGGUUAGUGGCUCUUUGAAUGAAUAAACAUUUGUUUCAAAUUCUUGUUCUAUGUGAUGUGUUUGUUCCUCCCACAGCCUGGAGAAGUUAGGUAAGUACUUGUAUAUUUAUUAUUUUGCCUGUAAUGGAAAAGAAAACCAGACAGGAUGUAACAUGUCCUCAGAUUAGCUCUCGAAAAGACCAAUCUCAGGCUCAAAUUUCUUGUUCCUCUUGUAUUAAUAAUUGCUGUAGCACCAUUCAAUCUUUACUACCUCCGUGUGCUAAGGUAUCUUCUCAUCUAUUCAGGUCACAUUUCUGGAUUAGAGAACAUAUGACGUUCUGAUGAAGAAUUUGUAUGCCAGAAUCAUUCACUCUCAGCUGAUAACUGUUUCUUUUUUUUGGCACUUUGUGUUAUUCACUCUGAUUUCCAGUUUGUAGUUUUUCUUGUGAAAAACAUUUUCAUAAGUUCAUGUCAUAGUAGCAGAAUUAGGCCAUUUGGCCCAUCGUGUCUAUUCUGGCAUUCAAUCAUGAUCUAUCUUUUCUUCUCAACCCCAUUCUCCUCCUGGAUUCUCCCCUUAAACCUUGACACUCGUACUAAUUCAGAAUCUGUCAACCUCUACCUUAAAACUAACAAAUGACGGCCUCCACAGCCAUCUGCAGCAAUGAAUUCCACAGAUUCACCACCUUCUGACAAAAGAAAAUCCUCCUCUUCUCCUUUCAAAAGGGACAUCCUUUAAUUUUGAAGGAGUCGAGUAUGUUGGGUUUUUUAUUAGGUAAGUCCUUAUAUUUUUGAACACAGCAAACAAUAAGGGCAUUCGUUUUAUUAGCAGUGAUGUUUCAGCCACUGAUGAAUCUUUCCUGUAUUUCUUGAUACACCUUUAGGGUGACAUCGUAGCGCAGUGAUAGGGCUGAUACCCAACAACGGCGGAGACACAAGUUCGAUCCCGACCUUGGGUACUAUCUGUGCGGAGUAUGCACAUUCUCCCUGUGACCGCGUGGGUUUCCUUUGGGUGCUCUGGAUUCUGCCCAUAUUCCAAAGACGCGCAGAUUUCCAGGUUAAUUGGCCCUUGUGUGUAGUGUGUAGGAUGCAAACGGGGAUAACAUGGAACUAGUGUGCAGGUGAUCGAUGGUCUGCGUGGACUCAGUGGGCCAAAGAGCCUGUUCCUGUGCGGUACUGUUCUAUGUAAUAAUGAAAAGACCAAAGGAGAGAGGGAUUAUAUGUUGCUUCAUGAGUUGUUACAAUCAGGAGUGCAUUACCAAACAUUAAUACAUAUCAUUCUCUCUCCAUUUGAAAACAAAACUUCUAUUUUCCUAUUUUUCCAACCAAGCGGGUGAUCUCACAUCUUCCACACUAUAUUCCACCUGCCAUGUCCUUGCCAAUUCACCUGUCCAUAUUCCCUGAACUUUCCCCUCACCUUCCUCAUACUGCUGCGCAGGUUGCAUGAUUAGCCUCCUCCAUGGCCAGAGUGAGGUCCACCAUAAAUUGGAGGAGCAGCACCUCAUAUUUCGCUUGGGCAGUUUGCACCCCAGCGGUAUGAACACUGAGUUCUCUAAUUUUAGGUCUUCCUUACUUUCUCCUCCCCUUCUCAGCUCUCCCUCAGCCAACUGGCUCCACCUCUUCCUUUCUUCAUCUCCCCCCCCACCCUCACAUCAGUCUGAUGAAGGUUUCCGCCCGAAACGUUGCCUAUUUCCUUUGUUCCAUAGAUGCUGCCUCACCCGCUGAGUUUCUCCAGCAUUUUUGUCUACCUGCAUCAUUAUCAAACUUGGAUAUAUUAUAACUGAGAUUAAAAUGAACUGCAGAUGCUCACUUAUGCCAAAGAUAGAUACAAAGUGCUGAAGUAACUCAGCAAGUCGAACUACAUCUCUGGAGAACAUAGCUAGGUGAUAUUUCGGGUCGGGACCCUUCUUCAGACUGGUUGCAGUUGGGAGAGUGGGGGGAAAAACUGGAAGCGAAAAAAGGCAGGACAAAUCGAGAGCGACAACAGAUGACUUUAGUUAAGCAGGUUUCCUAAUAGGCCGAUUGUUGGUUGGAGACAAAGGGUAGGGAUACAUCGUUGCUGUGGUGAAUAGUCAUGGUCCAAGCACUGAACUCUGCAGUACCCUGUCCCUAAUUUCUCUUGUUAGUCAGAGUUGACCCAUUUAAAAAAAAAAUCUCAGAUGGAACUGAAUGUGUUUCUAUUUGUGCAUUUAAUUCAUCUAUCUUGUUACACGUGUUGUGUGCUUAUGGAUGAAGAGUUUUUAGAUUUGUCUCUGUAACAUUAUUUCCUGCUGUCACUUUAGUUGAAGGUAUACUCACAUUCAAGACAGGAUUGACACUAUCCUGACAGAAUCUUUUUAUUGCCCAUUUUUCUGCUGUGCACAAUCAGUGCAUUCUUUCUCCUUCACAGUCUAAAUUUCCCCUCACCAGAAUUCACCCUCUGCUAUCUUUGCAUCCCUUCUCUUUAGCAGUCCACCGUUCGUCUCAUCAGACCCGCCCUCCGCUGUUUCAAAUUUUAUCUACAGCCCCAGUAGUUCCAUUUGCUAAACUGUGUCGUAGGAAGGAACUGCAGAUGCUGGUUUGCACCGAAGAUAGACGCAAAAUGCUGGAGUAACUCAGCAGUACAGGCAGCAUCUCUGGAUAGAAGGAAUGUGUGACGUUUCGGGCCGAGAUGUCUGAAGAAGGGUCUCCACACAAAACGUCACCCAUUCCUUCUAUCCAGAGAUGCUGCCUGUCCUGCUGAGUUGCUCCAGCAUUUUGUGCUUAUCUUUGCAAAACUGUAGUGCUGGCCUGGCUCGAGUGAAGUCGAUUGCAGGAGAAAUG